UGGGGAGUCAAUUAGAGAGAGAAAAGUAUACAAAAAACACACUGAACACAAAUGGUAGAGGAAAGAUACAAGGUUUUAGUAUAUUUUUGUAUUUUUUAUGAUGCCAGAAACUCUCUCUUACAGUGUACCGGAAGUGUGGCUAUGUAGGCAAUCUUGUCUCUCUUUAGCAUCACCCCGGAACAGGAAGAAAAUGUUAGCUACUGUGGCUAGCCAGCUACACUGAUUUAUUCGCCAGAAAAACAUCCAGGGUUUGAGGAGACAUGGGGGGUGCACAGAGCAUUGAAAUACCUGGAGGAGGAUCCGAAGGUUAUCACGUCCUCAGAGUGCAAGAUAAUUCCCCUGGGCAUCGUGCAGGAUUGGAACCAUUCUUUGACUUUAUUAUUUCCAUCAGUGACACAAGAUUGAACAAAGAUGAUGACACAUUAAAAGACUUGCUGAAGGUGAAUGUGGAAAAACCCAUCAAGAUGCUGGUAUACAGCAACAAGACUCUUGAGCUGAGGGAGGCAACAGUCACACCCAGCAACAUGUGGGGAGGUCAGGGGCUGCUGGGUAUCAGCAUCCGAUUCUGCAGCUUUGAAGGAGCCAAUGAGAAUGUGUGGCAUGUUCUGGAAGUGGAGCCAAAUUCUCCUGCAGCCCUGGCUGGUUUGAGACCACACACUGACUACAUCAUAGGUGGAGACACUGUCAUGAACGAGCCUGAGGAUCUCUUCUCCCUCAUUGAAACGCAUGAAAGGAAAGGGCUUAAGUUGUAUGUGUAUAACACUGACACGGACAACUGUCGGGAUGUGGUCAUCACUCCAAACUCUGAAUGGGGUGGAGAGGGCAGCCUAGGCUGUGGGAUUGGCUAUGGCUACCUGCACAGGAUACCCACACAGACAUUUGAAGAGGGUAAGAAGAUCAGUUUCCCUGGACAUAUUCAAAGUGAACCAGUUUCCCCACUCAAGGAUGGCUUCACAGAGGUUCAGCUCUCUGCUGUCAGUCCUCAACCUGCAGUGCCUUCUGCUCCUACUGGGUUGGAACAAAAUCUCUUUGACCUGUCAGUCAGCUCAGCUCCUCCCACUGUCCCGAGCGCUCUACAAACAGGAGUACCUACUGUGCCAUUGUUGCCUAGCCAAGUCAGCCCCCUGCUAAGCACUGUACCUCCAGUCAUACCUGCUACCAUGUUAGCAGGUCUAAUGUCGUUACCCGGAGGCCUACCUCCCCUUCACAAACUGGCAAAUUUCAAUUUCACUUUACCAGACUUGGGCACUGUGUCGUUACCAGGAGGGAUGCCACCAGCAGGUUUCCCUCCAUUGGCCCCUCUUCCUCUCCUGAACCUAUCCAUGCUCAACUCCCAGCUGCCUUUGGUCCCAGGGGUAACUCUGCCUCCAUCUGAGUUCACACUCCCAGACACCCUCAUCCUGGACGCAACAUCCUUCUCCAGCGACACAUUGACAGAAACACUCCUCCCUACACCAGUAGCUUCCUCUAAACCUAGAGAAGCACCAGUGACCUGACUCCUCCUAGCAAAGAACCAUUUACCAACAAGAUCUACUGUAUUUAAAACUCAACAAGAAAGAAUCUUGAAACACUCCUUGUUGUACUCCAGAACUAUGGCGGCGUCCCCAAUUAUCCACCCUUUUCCAGAAGUGUGUAUAUUUUCACACUUCCUGUUGUGGAUUUACAAGCAUUGGAUUGGUGUAAUCAUUGGCUAGAGAAGUUUCCACCAUUGUUAAAUCCAUGAUGGGGAGUGUACACAAGUGCACACUGGGAAAAGGUUGGAGAAUUUCUGAAGAAAGGGUCUUCAGAAGAACGAUGGGCGGUCAGAAAUAUGAGAAUUAUUGUGUGAGAGAUCCGCUUUAGCCUGUUGUAAUGCAGAAUAAUGUCUUUAUUUUUUGUUGUACUAAAACAAUAUGAAUGAAAGUGUGUAAUUGAAACAUCCCUUUCUUGAUUAAAUGGAUGUAUUUUUCUCA